GCGGUUGGUUCUUGGGUUCUUGGUCGAUUUGAUGGAGGCCGAGGACGGUGAAUUUGUGGAGAAAGACCCGUCCGGGAGGUACGGCAGGUACGACGAGGUCCUGGGCGAGGGCGCCUUCAAGACCGUCUACAAGGCGUUCGACGAAAUUCAGGGGAUCGAAGUCGCUUGGAACCGGGUCGACGUGGAGCACUUCGCGGAGUCGCCGGCCCUACUCCGGAGGCUCUACGAGGAGGUCAACGUGCUCAGGUCGGUCAAGCACGGGAACAUCAUCAGGUUCUGCAAUUCCUGGGUCGAUGAGGAGAAGAGGACCAUCAACAUCAUCACCGAGCUUUUCACUUCUGGGAAUCUGAGGCAGUACCGGAAGAAGCACAAGCACGUCGACAUGAAGGCGAUCAAGAAUUGGGGAAGGCAGAUCCUGCAGGGGAUACACUAUCUGCACGGUCACGAGCCGCCCAUCAUCCACAGGGAUCUCAAGUGCGAGAAUAUUUUCGUGAAUGGGUAUGAUGGGCAUGUCAAGAUUGGUGAUCUGGGAUUGGCCAUCGUGAUGCAACAGCCGACCGCGCACAGCGUGAUCGGGACCCCGGAGUUCAUGGCUCCCGAGCUUUACGAGGAGGACUACAACGAGCUCGUCGACAUAUACUCUUUCGGGAUGUGUAUGCUGGAGAUGAUUACUCUGGAAUGCCCUUAUGGAGAAUGCAAGAAUUCUGCGCAGAUUUACAAGAAGGUCCUCUCCGGCAUUAAGCCCGUCUCCCUUGGGAAGGUGAAGGACCCCGAUGCCAAGCAGUUCAUUGAGAAGUGUCUUCUGCCCGCCUCUUCGCGGCCAUCUGCGGCAGAGCUUUUGAGAGAUCCCUUCCUUGCAAUUGUAGACUCGAAAGCUUCGAAGCCAGAAACGGUGCCUAAAAGCUUGUGUCCAUCCAAGGAGGGUGGAAGAGGAACCGCUCCAAGCAUGGGUUUUGAGUUGCGGAUUUCCACUGGGUGUAAUGAAUUCCGACUAGCAGGGGAAAGGAGUGAUGAGGCAUCGAUUUCACUUACAUUGCACAUCGUGGGUCCUGCGGGCAAGGUCAACAAAAUACAGUUUGCAUUCUAUCUGGAUUCCGACACAGUUCUCUCAGUUGCUCAGGAGAUGAUGGAGCAGCUUGAUUUGUCAAAAGAAGAUGCUGAUGUUGUGGCUGGGUUGAUGGACCGGUUGAUACUGAAGAUGGUGCCCAGUUGGAAAGCUCGUGUCUGCGACCAGCCUCAAGAACAAGUGCCUCAGCCGUUCGCAACCGUGAACUCACAGAUCUAUAAGUGUUCUUUCGAUCUGUUGUCCCUUAGGGAAGAAGAGAUAGUAGAUAAUAAUAGGAAGAAGUGGAUGGGAAAGAAGGGGAUACCAGUAAUCUGAUGUACCUUUUCAUUCCUUUCCUGUAUUUUUUAAUGCUGUAGCUACGUGAUCUUUUGGAAGUUAAAUCAAUUACGAGGUUUCUUCAGAUUA